UCGCUCUCUUAUGGUCAGAGUGCAAACUGCAUUGGAGCUGUGUGUGAGAGAGUAACAGAAGGGGUACACGGAGUGCUCACCAACUUAAUUAAAAGCACAGGCGCUGCCUUGCCUACCACCAGACUUCUUCAGAAAUAAAUGGAACUCAAGUGUUUUGUGGGAGCAAACUGCACUGACUGCAUGUGGGAUGCCUCCACAAUUGUUUUUAUUUUUGGAGUUAGAAAAACAACAUACAGCAAGUACUGCUCAAAGAACAGAAUGAAGUAGCAUUUGUGCACCGUAUUUGGCAGCCAAACAGGGAGAGGUAGAGGAUUUCAACUCGUUUGUUUCCCCCGCUGUUAAAUGUAUACAGUAUGUUAAAAAGGGAACACAACGCACAAGAUAGACUGCUGUAGAACUGCUGGAGAUAGGAAAAGAUUGGAGAUUCUGAAGAGGAGCACACACCAUGGGAUCAUUGCAGUUCUGCAGAGCUAUGGAGAAGUGACAGCCCCUGGUGUUUGAUGCAUACCUGCAAAAAUUACAUUGAGCCUGCUUUGUAACAUCCUGUCUGUAGAUGGGACAGUGUGCAUGCAGCUUAGAACACAGGAACAAGGACAAGGUUGGAGGCCAUGGCUGUGUUUUCAAUGACGACUCCAUGCUGCUGCAGGCCAUCCAGAGACUGGAGGAGACCUGGACCAAACUGCACGAGGACAAAGAGAGACAACACAAAGCAAACAACAAGGAAUCAGAUGCGAGCAUGAAACACUUGAGCCAGGAUCAUGAGAAGCCAAGUGACCUGUUGCCUGGCAACCAGAACAAGAAUGAUAGUAUUAAAUGUACUGGAAGCAUCUCACUUGCGAGACAGAAGUUUGUGGCAGUAAACGGGGGCCCGUCGCAGAUGCUCCCUGUGAAUAAAGAGACUGCCAUGAUGCUGAAGGACCUGGAUAUUAAAGCGCUGGAGGAGGAGUGUCAGGAGUUGAAGACGCGGCUGGGAGCAAUCAAGGAGGGGAUGGAGGGUCAGCAAUCGAGUGACGUGGAGGAGCUUCUCAGACAGUCGCAGAAGGAACUCCUGUGGCUACAGAGGCAGCUUUCGUUCAUCUCAGAGAGGAGUUCGCUGUACAUGUUCUCUCAGGACAAACAGCUGAGAAAUGAGCCUCUAUCCCCGAAUCUUCCAGCAGUGACAACAAGAAAUGUCGAGCAGAUCCAAUUGCUAGAAGACAAGAACAGCGCCUUCAGGGUAGAGGUAGCAACUCUAAAGCAGGACAAGCAGCACUGUAGACUGCUGGAAAAAGAAGUAAACAGAAAAAGGAAGGAGUGUGAAAACCUCAAAGAGGAGGUGAAGAAAAGGCAAAGAACAUGCCAGACUUUGGAGAAUGAGCUCAAAGAUGUUCUGCAGGAAAAAAACUGCUUGAACCUUGAGUUGGUUAGCCUUACCCAAAAGGCACUGCAGUAUGACCAGGUAAAGUUAGAAUAUGAUCAGCUCAGAGAAACCCUCAACAUUGUGACUCAGAAAAGAGAUUUGGCUGUGAAGGAGAAGAUCCAUCUCCAAGCCAAACUGGAGAACCUAGAGCAGGUCCUAACGCAUAUGCAAGAAGCUGCUGAGCGGCGGCAACAGCUGGAGUUGGAGCAUGAGCAAGCCUUCGCUGUUCUCAAUGCAAAGCAAAAGGAGAUUAAUCUUCUGCAGAAGGCUCAGGUUGAAGCUAAGAAGGAGCAUGAGGGUGCAGUGCAACUGUUAGAGAACACCUUGGACAGCAUGCAGGCCAAGGUCCGAGAGUUGGAGCAGAAAUGCCGGACACAGAGUGAGCAGUUCAAUCUCCUCUCGAAGGAGCUCGAGAAAUUCCGACUGCAGGCUGGACACUUUGAUUUACUUAGUGCCAACUCCUUAGCAGUGUGCGACACCCCAGGAUCUCCCAGCAAAUCCCUUUCCCAGCUCCUCCAUGCACUGGCCAUCCCAAUCGGGAAAGGCAGUGAAAGUCCUUCUGCGAACAGAUCUCUAAUCUCAGAGUUUAUUCGACCAAUCCAGAUAUCUGGAGACAAACCUGAACUUCUGUCUGUCAAGCCGACAUUCCUCACCAGAUCCCACCCUAGUAGCCCCAGACGUGGAUUCUUGGCAGAGAUGGACAAUGAACCGGGUUCCACUUCUUCUAAAGUGAGGUACACAGGAAAAGUCCGUCUUUGCAUUGCCCGGUACAGUUAUAACCCCUACGAUGGACCCAACGAGAACCCUGAGGCUGAACUUCCCCUUAUUGCAGGGAAAUAUAUUUAUGUCUAUGGAAAUAUGGAUGAAGACGGCUUCUAUGAAGGUGAGCUGUUGGACGGACAGAGGGGGCUUGUCCCUUCCAACUUUGUGGACUUCAUCCAGGAUGAGGAGGUGCCUUCGGUCCAGACCGCAGACAAUGGCAAAGAUCAGGCAUACCUGAACCACACAGGCCUUGGACACGAGAGGGGCAGUGGCAUUCUCACGGACUCCAAAUUUGAUGGCAGCAUGUCGGGAGAGGCCCCCCCCGCCCCCACCACCACCACCACCACCUGCAAUAAUGGGACAGGGACCCUGGAUGUCAGCAUCGACGAGAUUGGAGAAGAUAUUGUGCCUUACCCAAGAAAAAUCAACCUAAUCAAACAGCUAGCCAAGAGCGUGAUCGUGGGCUGGGAGCCGCCCGUAGUGCCUCCGGCAUGGGGCACCAUCAGUGGUUACAACGUUUUAGUUGACAAAGAGGUGCGGAUAAGCAUACCUUUCGGCGGCAGAACAAAGUUUUUAAUAGAAAAGCUCAAUUUAUCUGCCUGUACGUAUAGGAUAUCAAUACAAAGCAUUACAGGAAGGGGCAUUUCAGAAGAGCUGCGCUGCACCAUGCUGGUGGGGAAGGACGUGGUGGUCGCCCCCUAUCAGCUCAGGGUGGAUAACAUCACGCAGGUUUCCGCAGAGCUGUCUUGGUGGCCAAGCAACAGUAACUAUAGUCACGCGAUUUUCCUCAAUGAUGUGGAGUAUGACAUGGUGAAGGCUGCCAGCUACAGGUACCAGUUCUUUAACCUGAAGCCCAACAUGGCUUACAAGGUGAAGGUGGUGGCACAGCCCCACCAGAUGCCAUGGCAGCUUCCACUGGAGCAAAGAGAGAAGAGGGAGAUCACUGUGGAGUUCUGUACGCAGCCAGCAGGCCCCCCUGCUCCUCCCCUGGACGUGAUGGUCCAGAGCGGACCGGCUCCAGGACUCAUCCAGGUCAGCUGGAAGCCGCCUCCCCUCACCCAGAUGGGAAUGUCCAAUGGGGCCAACGUCAUUGGCUAUGCUGUAUGCACAAGGGGACAGAAGGUUGCAGAAGUGAUGUUCCCCACAGCUGAUAGUGUGAUGGUGGAGUUGAUGCGGCUCCAGUGUUUAGGAGCCAAUGAAGUUAUCGUCAGGACAAUAUCAGCACAAGGAGAGUCUCAGGACUCCCCCCUCGCCGUCAUUCCACACAGCCUUCUAUUGCCUCCUGUCCCUCACCCCCGCUCUGCUCCCAACCCAAAGCCAUUAGCAAGUGCCAGAGAGCCAGAAACCAAAGAGGAGCCCGGCACUGUUCACAGUGCGCGGCUGACUGAGCCGUGGGAGCCGGCUCGCUCCCCCUCACCCAUCCACCCCGGUCACUCCCUGGAGCCGCCGCACUUCCACAGCCCCUCGCAGGACCGCAGGUCCCCCUCUCCCCAGAGAAUCCUCCCGCAGCCUCAGGGAGCCCCCAUCCCCAACACUGUGGCCAAGGCCAUUGCCAGAGAGGCAGCACAGAGGGUUGCCGAGAGCAACAGGAUGGAGAAGAGGAAUAUCUUCAGUGAAAGAAGUACUGCUAUUCACCCACUGAACUCCGACGAGGAGGAAGAUGGGUAUGAGUCUCCACACAGGAAGAGGCAGGGGGCUUCCGUGGACGAGUUUCUGAGAGGCUCGGAACUGGGGAGACAGCCUCUCCAGUACAGCCACAGCGAGGAUUACCAGACUGAGAGCAGCCGCGGCUCUGACCUGUCUGACAUCAUGGAGGAGGAUGAGGAGGAGCUGUACUCGGAGAUGCAGCUGGAGGAAGGCGGGCGGAGGCGCAGCAUCACCUCUCACAGCGCUCUCAAGGCUACUUGUAAGCAUAACAAUACAAACGAAGAGGAUUUCGAAAUACAGCUCGAAAUGUCACCCCAAAAACAACGUUGCAGUAAAAAACUUUUCAGUAUCCCAGAAGUAGCAGAGGAUGACUGUGACACAGGCGAAACGAGCCAGAGUAAGAAGCUGGAGGAGGGUUAUGGUGCUGUUUCCAGAAACACUAAAGACAUUAAAGGAAGAUGUAGUGCCUCCAUCAAGGUCUACAACCAGCAUGUCAGAAAACAGUAUUUCUUGUCCCCCACCAAAUGCAAUGUUCUCCAGAAACAAAGAGCUGCAGCAUACGCUCGUGGAAUGGAAAGCUGCUCAGCGUAUGAGGAGCGGGGUUGCAUCAGGUCAAGCAGACAGAGCACUCGAAGCCCUGAUAGCGGUCUGGACUGUGGCAGUGAGGAAGAGGAGGCUCGCUCCCUCAAUUACAAGAUUUAUUGCAAUCUGAGCCCCUUCAAAGGUGCAAACUCUAAUUAUAAUUCAGACAGCUCCUCAGAGGGAAGAAACACUGCGCAGGCCAGCGGGCGAAAGCGAACUUUGACCAGACAAAGCAGUGUCGAAGAAGACUUUGGUGACGAGCCCUUGUCAGUGGCUAAAACUGUGCACGUCGCUGACUUUAAAACGCAGGAUGUCAAAUGCAGACACGACAAGGAUGCUCUGCUGAAAAGUUAUAGGAAGGACUUAGUCUCGAACGACGCGAGACACAGUGCCUCAAGGACAGAAUCGAAAGCAAAUCAGAAAGACUUAGAGGCAGCAAAUACUGUUGCAAAGCUGGCCAACAGGGAAAUUGAAGACAGUCCGAUUUUAGGUGACCCUUCCUCCACAGGACGAGCAGACCGGAUGGAUCACUCAGGUCGACGGCUGUCUCACGGCAGUGCAGUCCAGCAGCGGCCCCGGCCCAUGAUGGUCCCUUCCAUUGAAAUCACCAUGGACAGUAACAGUGAAGCCGGACGGUCCCGGCCAGGGGGUCAGAGGAAUAUGUCACCUGUCAAGGAGGAUGUUUACUAUCGCACUGUACCUGGACACAGGAAAUGGCCAUUACAACGCGGUAUGGCCUCUGAGCAUCGAUAUGAUGGUUACGGCGGCCGAGAACGGCACUCUCCAGAGUUCUAUGAAGAAUCCGAGCCAGAGGACACGUCACGAAUAUUCGUCGCCCUGUUUGACUACGACCCCCUCUCGAUGUCCCCCAAUCCCGAUGCUGCGGACGAAGAGCUGCCCUUCAAAGAAGGACAGAUCAUAAAGGUGUAUGGAGAUAAGGACACCGACGGAUUCUAUAGAGGGGAGAUCUGUGGGAGAGAUGGCCUUAUCCCUUGCAACAUGGUCUCUGAAAUCCAAACAGAUGAUGAUGAAAUGAUGGAGAAACUCAUCAAACAAGGAUUCCUCCCCCUCAACACCCCCGUAGAAAAAAUAGUGAACUGUGAUCGUUUCAAAGACAGUGCGCGUUCAGUUAACCGCAGGUCCCGAAAGUCUAAACGAGAACGGAACAGACGGAGUGGCAGACAGCACUCCGUAUCCACCACGAGGAUGGUCGCUCUCUACGACUAUGACCCGAGAGAGAGCUCCCCAAAUGUUGAUGUUGAGAGAAAAAGGGAGAGAGAAUUUGGCAGAGAGAGGCUGAAACUUGAGGCUGAACUAACAUUCUGUGCAGGCGACAUCAUUACUGUGUUUGGAGAAAUCGAUGAAGAUGGAUUUUAUUACGGAGAAAUUAAUGGACAUAAAGGUCUUGUUCCUUCAAACUUUCUUGAAGAAGUGCCUGAUGAUGUGGAAGUCUAUCUCUCUGAAACUCCCUCUCGACAUGCCCAUGACACCCCAGUGCGGACAAAGACCAAAAGGGUGCCCUCAGAAAACGCUGGACCCUCCAGGAGAGCCCCCUCUCCUACUGUACACCCCGGAUCUGGACCAGGAACAAUGGGGAUGGGAAGCCCUAUUAGGGGUAGAGAAUUCUCCUCCAAAAAGAAAAAGGGGCUGCUCUCAAAAGGGAAGAAACUAUUGAAAAAACUUGGAGCAGUAAAAUAAGUUUUUAUUUAUAAAUAUUUAAGUAUUAUGGAAUAAGAGUAAAAUCUCCCAGUCUUGUAAUUUUAAAAUUAAUGAAUAGGUGUCAAAACUAGUUUUUUCAUGACUGCUGUCAACUAGUCAAGAGUACUGUAGGGUACAAGUUUAGGCUGAGCCAGAAGGUACAUUUUUAUUUCAAUCCAGGGAUUAACAGCUGAUGGUACAAGGACCAGAUGUCACAAAUGUUAUGCAAUUUCUACAAGUGUUUCAAAGCUGCUGAAUUAGCAGCAAAACUAGAAGGGCAUUUUAAAACUUGUUUUCCCACGUUUUAAACGCAACUUAGAAUGGUCAAGUAAUACACAAAACCCUUUUUGUUACCACCUCAAAAGCCAUCACAUGCUGCCCUUGUCCUGUUUACAGAAUCAUUUUGUUGCAUUCACGACCUUGCGUUCUAGUGUUCCUGUACUGAUUUAAAGCAAACACCAAUUACAGCACUCCGUGAAACAAUGGUACAAACCAUACUUCCCUGUUAUUACAAUGGUUUGAUAAAUGUUGCAUGUAGAGAAGGCAGCUUUCUGCACCUUAACGUUGGGUGCUUGAAUAUCAGAAAUGUGUCAUGACUAAUUCACAUUAAUGUGGGUAAUAUGUAAUGGUUGCAAAUCUAAUUAUGCCUUGAAAUGCAAUGUAUUGGAUUUUUCUAGAGCUGAAAUUCAUUGUUGGACUUUUCCCUGCAUCUUUGCAACAGGACCACCCUUCUCUAGAUUCUCUGCAUUAGGCCCACAUUGCCUACAUAUUGUCUGGGUCCACAGAAAUGCAGCAUGGGUUUUUGGUACCUGAACUUGGAAGAAAAACAUAAUUCCCUUUGAAUUAGCAUGUCCUUCCCAGUUAAUAAAACAAAUUAAAUUCAGUCAUGACUAGUUUACCAGUAUUAAACAGGUCAUGAAAUCUCUAGUUGAAACCAGCCUUGAUGUCUGCCUUAUAAAUGCACAACAAUGGUUUGUACUGUGUCCAGUGAAUGGAGCAAGUAUAAUGUGUAUGUACUGUGUGCAUUCUGUUCUUUCAUUCCAUCACUAGAAAAAAAAAAUGUAGUUAAGGUGAUGUGAUCAAGUGAUGUGCUGCUGAUUACAUUUCAAUGUAUAACCUCUUGGGGGUGGUAUAAAAUAAUUAUCCACAAUAUUCUGUCAAAGACUAAAUUCCCACUGCAGACCUACACUUUGUUCUAAAGGAUCUCAAGCUUUUGGCACAAAAAUUGCCGUUGAAAUACUAAACAAACCUAAGUAAAACGUUUUCAACUUAAAAUGAUCUAGCCAAUUUGUUGCAAGGAAACCAAAGCACUGUAACCUGGCUUUCAUAUAAGGUUUACAAUAUUCACUCUAUGUUUUUAUUCCUGUCGCUUGAUCAGUCAGGAUUGAAAUUGUUAGCAGUAUUAAACAUUUGUUAUGCAUUUUCUGCCUAAUGGCUCCUACAUUCCAACACAUGUUUAAACUUGGCAAUUUUGGUCCAAUACAGAAAGCCACAAAAUAUUUGGGUGGGGAAACAUUUACUUUUAGAUUAGGUGUUCUUAACAUUACUUGCAGUAGUUAUUUAUCGAAAGCCCUUGGCCAACACCUUCUCCCGUUUAGCUGCUUAAGUUUGUUUUAACAUCCAUAUCAAUUUGCUUAAAAAGACAAGCACAUAUCCCUCCCCCAUUUUCCUCAAACUUACAAGAUGUUGAACUGUAAAAGACACAUUAGUGUUAAAUAGUCAAAUGUUUAAAAAACACACAUCUAAAAAUAAGAUCAGACCGCAAAAAGAGAAAACUUACUGUAAUACUUAAGAUACACAUUUAGCCAAAACAAAACAGGCUUUUUAUCCAUACUCCCUUAGAUGUGUUUUUGUAACCCAUAAUUCACAGUACUCUAGCAUUGCUUGAAUACAUAGUUUGAGUGACCGUUGCUCUUUUGUACUUUGUCCACUUGUAAAUUGUUUUUAAAUGUUUAUACUUGAUUUUCAGACUGCCUUUUUUGUAAAUUCAAAUUUAUAAUCAGUUAAAGCUUUCCCCAUGGUGUCUUCAAGAAACAUGUAACUUGUAUAAAGUCUGCAGUUGUGUGCUAGCUUUAUGAAUUUACAAAACUCAUUGGCCGAUGUUUGUGGUAAUCAAUUAUUGUGAGUGUGUGCAUGUGUAAAUGUGUAAUAUACAUUUUUAUAUAAAUAAAUUUAAUAUUUUUUAGAACAGCAUUUUAUAGGAUUUUCUUUUAAAGUUCCACAAAUACACUGGGUAUUUUAAAUGCAGAUGAAUAUCAGAUACAAGGAGAAAGUCUAUGGUACAAACUUAGUACCAUAAACUUAAAAGUUGGUUUCACCCCUAUACAAUUUUGACCAGUUUGAUGAUGUAAAUAAAAUUAGAUUA